AUGUCAAACAUAUUGGAAGAAACCCAAAUUUAUUUGAAUGGAAAUGCUGUGUUGAUUAAAGGAAAUGACAGCACAGUUGGUCUGUACAAGGUUCUUUUUGAAGUAAAUGGUAUCGAGAGAUAUCGAUUUGCUAUUAAAUACAAGACGAAAGAGAAAACUAAUGAAUUGAAGUUUACCAUCAAAGAGAAUCACAAAAAGCAAGCAUUAAGAUACUGGUUCGAUAUUCAAUUCGGAUAUGUGCUGAGGAACAUUGAAACUGAUGAUAGAAUUCAGUUUUAUCCCUCUGAUAAUACCUGCUUUAAUGUCAAUGAUUCACCACUAGUUAAUUCCACUAUUGAUACGGUACUAAACCAAUUGGAUGGUGAUGAUAUACUGGAAAAAUUGAAGUGUUCAAACUCCAAAUGGAGUAUUGAAAAUAUCUACGAAUAUGUACUUUUAACAACACCCAUUCCAGAGGAGUAG